UUAGAAUGGUAAAGAGAAAAAGGAAAAGAAACUUAUAGUACCUUAUUUUCUUAAAGAAAAAGAAGAUUCCAAAAAUCAGAUAAAGAAAGAUACAAACAUGUAUGAACCAUCAUCAAUAUGAAAAGUUAAAGUAAUAAAGUUAAUAAGUGGGAGAAAGCUGGUUGAGUAGUGAUGCUGAUCUCAAACAAUCAAUUAAUUUUUUCAAUCAACCAAAUUUCUUGAUGCAAAUUAUUGUACUUUGUUUUCUUCCUAUCUUCAAUGGCUUUAUUUUUUCUCUUUCUCCUAACACUUCUUGUGUUAAUAUCAUGUGCAUCUUGCCAACUUCAAGGUAUGUGUAUAAUAAUUUAUAAGCAUUGAUUGUGGAGGAACAAGAAGUAACUACACUGACACAACCACAGGACUAACAUGGAUUUCAGAUUCUGAGAUUAUGAAACAUGGAGAGACAGUGGAAGUAAAAAACCCUAAUGGAAACAAAGUUCAGUAUCAGAAACGCAGAGAUUUUCCAACAGAUAGCAGAAAAUAUUGUUAUACACUUGAGGCUGAAGAGAGAAGAAGGUAUUUGGUAAGAGCUACUUUUCAGUAUGGAAGUUUGCAAAAUGGAGACACAUACCCUCAGUUUCAACUUUACUUGGAUGCAACUAAAUGGGCUACUGUGUCAAUUUAUGAUGAGUCAAGAAUAUAUGUUAAGGAAAUGAUCUUUAGAGCACCUUCAAAUUCUGUUGAUGUUUGCAUCUGUUGUGCUACAACUGGUUCUCCUUUCAUAUCUACUAUUGAGCUUAGACCCUUGAAUCUUUCUAUGUAUGCCACUGAUUUUGAGGAUGAUUUCUUCUUGAAAGUAGCUGCAAGAAUUAACUUUGGUGCUCCAACUGGUGAUGCUGUCAGGUAUCCGGAGGAUCCAUAUGAUAGAAUAUGGGAGUCUGAUCUUGGAAAAAGGCAAAAUUUUCUUGUUGGGGUGGCCGCAGGAACCGAAAGAAUAAACACUACAAGGAACAUAGCAAUAGAGACAAGAGAAUAUCCACCUGUUAAGGUGAUGCAAAGUGCGGUUGUUGGCACAAAAGGACUACUUAGCUAUAGACUGAACCUUGAAGACUUUCCUGGGAACGCAAGAGCUUAUGCAUAUUUAGCAGAGAUUGAAGAUCUGAGUCAGAAUGAGACUAGAAAAUUCAAAUUGGAGCAACCUUUUAUAGCUGAUUAUAGCAAUGCAGUGGUGAACAUAGCUGAGAAUGCUAAUGGGAGCUACACUCUUUAUGAACCAAGUUACAUGAAUGUGAGUUUGGAAUUUGUUCUUUCCUUCUCCUUUAAGAGAACACCGGAUUCUACUAGAGGACCUCUACUAAAUGCAAUGGAAAUAAGCAAAUAUCAAGAAAUUGCUUCAAAGACAUUCAAGCAAGAUUCAAAUUUCGUAAAUGCAUUUUCCUCCUUGUCUGACGAGAUUAUCCCAAAGAAUGAAGGCGAUCCUUGCGUUCCAACUCCAUGGGAGUGGGUGAAUUGUAGUACUGCUACACCUGCAAGAAUUACAAAUAUGUUUUUACUGGUUACAAUACCUUGUAUUAGAAACUUGUCAGGAAGGAAUUUGACCGGUGAAAUCCCUCGAGAGCUCAACAACAUGGAAGCCUUGACAGAAUUGUGGUUAGAUAGAAACUUGCUUACAGGACAACUACCAGAUAUGAGCAAUCUUAUCAAUCUAAAGAUUAUGCAUCUAGAGAACAACAAAUUGACCGGUCCACUACCAACGUACCUGGGUAGUUUACCAGGUUUACAAGCAUUGUACAUACAGAAUAACUCAUUUACCGGGGACAUACCAGCAGGAUUAUUAUCUACAAAAAUCACUUUCAUCUAUGAUGAUAAUCCGGGACUACAUAAAAGGAGCAAAAAGCAUUUUCCAUUGAUGAUAGGAAUUUCUAUUGGAGUACUAGUGAUUCUAAUGGUCAUGUUCUUAGCGAGUUUAGUGUUAUUGCGUUACCUUAGGAGAAAGGCUUCUCAACAGAAAAGUGAUGAAAGAGCUAUCUCUGGACGCACUGGUACUAAACAUUUAACUGGAUACUCUUUUGGUCGGGAUGGGAAUUUAAUGGACGAAGGUACUGCGUACUAUAUUACUCUCUCAGACUUGAAAGUAGCUACAAACAAUUUUUCAAAGAAAAUUGGAAAGGGAAGCUUUGGAUCUGUCUAUUAUGGGAAAAUGAAAGAUGGAAAAGAGAUCGCAGUUAAGACUAUGACUGAUCCAUCCAGCCAUGGGAACCAUCAAUUUGUAACUGAGGUAGCCCUCCUAUCAAGAAUUCAUCACAGAAACUUGGUUCCUCUUAUUGGAUAUUGUGAAGAAGAAUAUCAGCAUAUUCUGGUUUAUGAGUAUAUGCACAAUGGCACUCUAAGGGAUCACAUUCAUGAAUGUUCGAGUGAGAAGCGAUUAGAUUGGUUGACUCGUCUUCGAAUUGCAGAAGAUGCUGCGAAAGGUCUUGAAUACUUACACACAGGAUGCAAUCCUAGUAUCAUUCACCGAGACGUAAAGACGAGCAACAUUCUCCUAGAUAUCAAUAUGAGAGCAAAAGUGUCAGAUUUUGGACUCUCGAGACUAGCUGAAGAAGAUUUGACUCAUAUAUCAAGUGUUGCAAAGGGAACUGUGGGCUACCUGGAUCCUGAGUACUAUGCAAAUCAGCAAUUAACUGAAAAGAGUGAUGUAUACAGUUUUGGAGUUGUUCUGUUGGAACUGAUAUGUGGGAAGAAGCCUGUAUCACCAGAAGACUAUGGACCAGAAAUGAAUAUAGUUCACUGGGCAAGAUCCUUAAUCCGUAAAGGCGAUAUAAUCAGCAUUAUGGAUCCUUUACUGAUUGGAAAUGUGAAAACUGAGUCAAUUUGGAGGGUUGCUGAAAUAGCCAUGCAAUGUGUAGAACCACAUGGUGCCUCAAGGCCAAGGAUGCAAGAAGUGAUUUUGGCUAUACAAGAUGCUUCUAAGAUUGAAAAAGGAACAGAAAGUCAACUAAAAGUAUCAUCCUCAAGUAGUUCAAUACCACAAUCUUCAAGGAAAACUUUACUUACAAGCUUUCUUGAAAUUGAAAGCCCUGAUUUGUCAAAUGGUUGUCUUCCAUCAGCAAGAUAAUAAUUAUUAUUUUUUCCAUUCAUAUAAACUUAUCAAUGUACCUACCUGCCUAAUAAGGCCUUAUGUGGGUAGGUGAGUUUUUUACAUUACAUAUCACUAGUUUUGUUAAUCCUCAUACUAUUAAGUAUUAAAUAUAUGUUUAUAACACAGUGACAAGA